AGCUCGGAGGCGAUGGGCGAGACCCAGAGGGAGGAGGGACGGCGGGGGCGGGUCGAGAGGAGGUGUCGCCAGGGCGCAGGUGAAACCGACUGCGACCUCUCCCGGGAACUCGCGCGGCGGGAACUCGCGUAGCCCCAGGACUGCCUGGGAGCCUCCCUCUCCCGCCAGGGUCGCCCCUGGGGACCCCCGGCCUCCCAGGCGCGCUCCGGGCGCGCUGCCCGGAGUGCAGGUGACCUCCGCCUGGCGGGGGCCGGGACGCCGGCAGUGAUGGCCCGGGAGCUGAGCCAGGAGGCGCUGCUGGACUUCCUGUGCCAGGCAGGGGGCCGGGUGACCAACGCCGCGCUGCUCAACCACUUCAAGGGCUUCCUGCGCGACCCCGCCGCGACCCCCGACCUGCGCGAGCGCCGCCGGGAGCUUUUCAAGGGUUUCGUCAACUCGGUGGCGGCUGUGCGCCAAGACUCAGACGGCACCAAGUGCGUAGUGCUGCGGCGCAGGUACCGGGACCUUGUGGGGGAGGGGACGGGACAGGGGGCGGCCUCGAGACCGCAGCGACGCGCAGCACGGCCGAAUCCCACGACUGCCCGGGACCAGUCAGGGACUCCGAGCCCCGAGACUCCGCAUCUACAGCGCCAGCACCCUGCGCCCCAUGCCCAGGACAGGCCAGAGCUGGUGACCCCGGGAACCUCGCACCCCAAGCCCCGGAGCCCCGAGACUUCGCAUCUGCAGCCCCAGCACCCUGCACCCUCGGCCCCAGAGACCUCAGGGACCCCGAACCCUGAGACUCUGCAUCUGCAGCUCCAGCACCCCGCGCCCCCUGUCCGGAACAGGCCAGUGCCGGGGACCCCGGGGACCCCAAGCCCGAGCCCGAGCCCGAGCCCGAGCCCCGAGAUUCUGCAUUUGCAGCGCCACCACCCUCUACCUUCCGCCCGGGACAGGCUGGAGCCCUUGACCCCGGGGACCUCGAGCUCCGAGACGCCACAUUUGCCGUGGGACAGCCCUGCGCCCCGGACCCGGGACAGGUCGGAGCGGGAGACCCAGAGUUACCCGUACCCCGAGACUGUGCACCUGCAGCUGCAGCGCACUCGAGAGUGGGUGGCCAGGCACCAGCAAAUGCCUGAGCCCGCCGGCCAGGGUCCAGUGCGGGCCUGGUCGGUGCUGCCAGAUGAUUUCUUUCAGCUGUACUCAGAGCCUGACAUCAGAGUCUGUGACACUGCACAGGCAGAGCCCUCUCUGUUCUCUCAGGGUCUCUUUCCCGGGGUCCCCGCCCAGUCCUCGGAAUCCUGCUUGGGGAAACCUUCACCGACCGUCUUUCGAAGCAUUCGCUGCCAGCUGUCCCUAAAGGAUCUAGAAGACUUUGUAGAGCAGGAGAGCCAUGGCAGCGAGGAGAGCAGCAGCGAGCCCACUGAGUCCCCCGGGGGCUCGGAAGAGGGGUUACAAGCUGCCCCAGGAAUCCAAGACUCGAGAGAACCUGGGAAUCCAGACCUGGGCCUCUCUGCAUUCCCAAAGAAAACCAUUGCCAACCAGAGACCUCAGGACUUCGGAAGGGGCAGCCACCCCUGUACGCAGUCCCCAGAAGGGGUAGAAGAGCCUUUGCCCUGGCCAGCUACCAGGCCUCGGAGGUCCUUCAGGAGGAGUCCUCAGGCAGGGAGAGCCACUCGGUCCUCCUCCGAUGAGGAGUGCCUCAAUGACGACUCGCUGAAGAGGACUCGCCGCCCUCCUCGACCCAGGAAACCUUCUAAGGCAGGACCAGUGCCCAGCCCAAGGGUAGAUGCCGCUUUGACACCCAAACCAGCUGCCACUAAGGCUGUUGUGGCUGAGCCUGGUAGAUCACACAGCUGGCGGGUCCCCGGUGGGGAGGAGCUUGCAACCUUGGUACCUCACAGACCUUUUGAGCACAAGUCAUCCCUGGUCCCCUUAGAACCCAGGGAACAUGAAUGGAUUGUGAAGCUUGCCCGGGGCUCCUGGAUUCAGGUGUUAGCUUUGUUCUGGGAGGACCCCCAGCUGGCUCUGCACAGGGACUUCCUGACUGGCUACACUGCUCUGCAUUGGAUAGCCAAGCACGGAAGCCUCCGCGCUCUCCAGGACUUGGUCUCUGGGGCUCGGAAGGCUGGGAUUGCGCUCGAUGUAAAUGUGAAGUCCAGUUGUGGGUAUACUCCACUGCACCUUGCUGCCAUUCAUGGCCAUCAGGGAAUUAUCAAAUUGCUGGUGCAAAGACUGGCUUCUCAGGUGAAUGUCCGGGACAGCAGUGGAAAGAAACCCUGGCAGUACUUGACCAGCAAUACCUCUGGGGAAAUAUGGCAGCUACUGGGAGCUCCUCGAGGCAAGCCCAUUUUCCCCGUACAUCCUUUAGUCCAAAAUUCUUCCCCUACCAGAAAAACCAAGAGACACAUUACCCGAAAGACGUCCUUGGCUGCACUACUCAAAAAUCAGCACAAGUGGAAAUUCGCCAACCAUCAUGAGAAAUUCUGCACCCCAAGGGAGCAAGAAGAGUACACUGACUAGGUAGCCCCUGUCUCAAGUUCUGCUGCCACUCCCUCAUCUUUGAGCUUUCACAGUGAAAGAAUUCCAAGUUAAGGGAUAGAAAAAUGUGGAGGAGCUGCUAAUGAGGGAGGUUGGAGUGGACUAGGAGUCAUUUUAGCUUUUGAACCUGUCCUUGAAAUCUGGACCAGGGGAUGGAGCCAGGCCCUCAAAACCCAAGGGUCAUUCUUCCUUCUCUUCUGCCUGGGUGAAUCUGGGCACAGUAAGUCACACUGCUUUCUGCAAACGCAGUCUGAGGCUUUGGCAGGAGAAGAAACAGAAGUCUGAGAAAAAGAGACAUAAUUUGAGGUAUUGACAAAACUCAGACAAAAUCCUCUCUGGCUUUUCUUCAUUUGAAGAAAUUUUGGCUGAGUGGAGAGCACCAGGUUUGAAAUCAGAUGGCUUUAUCUUUGUCUCUAUGUGCUUUUGGCACUCAAAUGAGUGCACUAAGAUUAUUACUUGAGAGUGGAACUUGAUUGAGGAGUUCUGCAGCCCUGUCCUAGAGCCCUCUUCUCAUCCCAGCUGUGGUGGCUGAUGUGGGACAUGAUCCACGCCUUUUCUGAGUGUCUUCUCCACUGACCAGAGAAUUGGGUGGAAGAGACCCAGCUGUGACCUUCACUUCUUGCCCUGAGAAAUGACUGCUGUUAGGCCCUGCUUUUUUGUAGCAACUGAAUGAAACUUUAUGAAUAGAAAAACCACAUGGUUCAUUUGCAUAGUGACUGAAACAAUCGGGAAAUUCCCUGUACAACAAGCAGAAUCAUCCUUAGUAGUUUCCAGUGGGUUUAAAUGGUCAAGAGUUGAUCCUCAUAAAAGAGAAAAAUGAUUUUUCUCUCUAGGGAAGCAAUAAGAAUAUGUGGUAGGAUGAGAAUAGCUACCCAUCACAACUUUUCUGAGCUGCUAAAUAUAUUUUAUUUGCACUAAACUUGUUGCCAAUUAAGAUUAAAUAUUAGCCUUGAAGUGCUGUGUAUCUAACAGGAAGUGUUCCAUUUAAUUGCUUGUGAUGGGCCUGAUCAUUGGACCGCUGGGUGAAGUAGUGACUCAUCCAGGCUGUAAACUAUAGCAGAAUGGUGAGACUGCUGAGCAUUGAUCCAAAGAAGGCUGAAAAAUUCAACAUUCAGGUGGAAAUUGUUAAGCUUUUAUGGUAAUGUUUUCAUGUACGGUGGCAGUGUUGCUGCAUUCUUAUGUUUUUUUGGUUAUGUCCCCCCAUGAACAUAUUUUAUAAUUUAUUAUACUGUACUUUCUGCUGAUUGCUUUUAGUGCUCUUAAUGUAUUUGAUCAAAAUUGUGUCUCAUUGAGUAUCCAAUAUUUUUGCU